AUGACGCCACCAACGGAGCCAGCGUCCCCGGCGCGGAUUCCAAGCUGGCGAAAAUGGAUCGUUCUCUUUACCGUCUGUUGGACAGCCCUUCCGGUCAUGUUUGCCAGCAACGCCCUUUUCGCGGCAACAUCAGCCGUCGCUUCCGACCUCGAAACGACGCCGACGACCAUCAUGGCACUGAACUCUGGUGUAAUAGUGGGAAUGAGUCUGUCGCACUUUAUCUGGGGCCCGGUGACUAUACUGUGUGGGAGAAAAAGAGCUUACAUCGCCGCCCUUGUACUCACAGUCGGGUGUAAUGCUGGGCAGGCUGUUGCUCCGAACUUGGCCGCAUUUGGGGCUUGCUGGGUUCUGGCUGGGACUACGGGGGCGUUCUUCCUGAUUACCGGACAAGUCAUCAUCUCGGAUAUCUUUGAACCGGUCAAACGAGGCACUGCUGUUGGACUUUUCCUAGGAACUUGUGUUUUCUCAAAUGGUACCUCACCUAUGGUUGGGGGCGUCAUUGUGUCCUACACCAGUUGGCGGACGAUAUACUGGCUUCAGUUUGGCAUGGCGUGCCUUGCGCUAAUUCUUGCCGUGUGUUUCAUACCCUCGAAGCUCCGAGUUGACGAAAACGGGAACAAAAUGGAGGAGGAGCAGGGCUUGUCAGAAAGGCCGAACUUGACCGAGGCUUUCAACCCAAUGGAGGUCUUCCGCCAGAUGAAGUAUCCAACAGUUCUCUUCUCGAAUGCCGCAUGCGCCCUGCUGGCCUGUAGCCAAUACGCUCUGCUCAGUUCCAUCCCAGCCGCCAUCAACCCUCGGUUCAGCCUGACGACGCCGUUGGCUAGCAGCCUGUUCUAUCUUGCCCCCGGAAGUGGGUUUCUCGUCGGUAGCACCAUCGGCGGACGAUUUUCAGAUCGAACGGUAAAGAGGUGGAUAAAGAAACGAGAUGGGGUUCGACUGCCUUUUGAUCGGCUGACGGCCAGUUUCGGUGCUGUGUUUAUCAUACUCCCGGUAGGAGAACUCGUCUACAGCUGGACGCUGCAGAACAAGGUAGGGGGCCUGGCGGUGCCGGUUAUCAGCGCCUUUGUUGCAGGUGUGGGUUUGAUGGCAUCGUUCAGUGCGUUGAACACGUUUGCGGCAGAAGUGCUACCUGAACACAAGUCCAAGGUGAUUGGAAGUAAAUACUUUCUCCAGUACUUGUUUGCUGCGGGGGGGACUGCUGGCGCCACGCCUUUGAUCGAGAAGAUUGGUGUUGGAUGGGCAUUUACCGUUGGUAAAUAUAUUCCCGUCCUCUUUCAAAGGGUCGUCUCUAACGAUGAAUUUGGCAGCUGUUGGGUGCACAUUUGUUGGUGGAUCGUUGGUCUGGGCAAUUACGAGAUAUGGGACCCGGAUGCAUGGCUGGGUAGAGAAAACUAA